UUUUACGUUUUACACCCCGGAAGUAUAAUAAUUUGACCCGGUAUAUUUUUGUCAUAGGAGGUCCACAGUGAAAAUGGCAGCAUAUACAAGUGUGAAGUCUACAAAACUUGUUUUGAAGGGGAUGAAAGAUAAAAGUAAAAAGAAGAGGAACAAGGAUAAAAAGCGGAAAAGAGAUAAUGAUGAGGACAAACAAGAUGUUGUCGGAGGGUGGUGGGCUGUCCGCAGCUUUGGGGAGAUCACAGGCACGGUGUCCAUAGAAAUGCAGAACAACGCGUAUGUGCACGCCCUGGAUUCUGGACUCUUCACCCUGGGAGCACCACACAAAGGAGAGGAUGAGGGUCCUGACCCACCAGAGCAGUUCACAGCCAUCAAAGUGUCUGACAGCAGGAUAGCUCUGAAGUCUGGCUAUGGGAAGUACCUGGGAGUGACCUCUGAAGGUGUGGUGGUGGGUCGCUCAGACGCCAUUGGCUCUCGGGAACAGUGGGAGCCUGUGUUUCAGGAAGGUAAAAUGGCUCUGAUGGCCGCCAACAGCUGCUUCAUCGCCUACAGCGAGAGUGGAGACAUCGUGGCCCACAGUAAGACAGCAGGCGAGGAGGAAAUGGUCAAGAUGCGCUCCUGUGCAGAGAGAGAGGUCAAGCGGAAAGACGACAUCGCAGACGAAGACCGGGGCAAUGUCAAGAACUGUGAGAUCAACUACGUGAAGAAGUUCCAGAGCUUCCAGGACCGUAACCUAAGAGUGAAUGAGGAAGACAUCGUUACACUGAAGAAGGCCAGAGGCGAUGGCAAGUUCCAUGAGUCUCUGUUGGACAGGAGAAGCAAGAUGAAGGCUGACCGAUAUUGCAAGUAGCAGAAAGGAUAGACCAUAGGUGAAACCAUCCUGUUUUAAAGUGUAUAGCUUGAGAUGUGUCAAUGUGUAUUUUUUUUGUUCUUACUGGAAACUGAGUAGAUUUCUUUUUUGUAUUAAACUUGUUGGACAUGGAAAGGCGCAUCUUCUAGUGCACAGUUAGUACUGCAAAAGAAUGGGGAAUCUGAAGGUCCAAGGCACCAAGAUGAUGUUGGGCAGGGUUCCUCUAUCCUCCUCCUUGAGCUUCCUUGCCCAGUAUACUAUAGUGCUACGGAUGAGUUCAGUUAGGCGUGCAGUGCAGGGGGAUCAGAGAACCACUGAUGUAGGGUGUCAUCUUCAUCUGGACACGGCUCAUUUUAAAUCCCUCUGUGAAAGGUGACUUAACCUUAGUAGAUGGGGUUAAAUAAAGACAAGCUGUAACAUUUCUAUCAA